AUGACUGGAAACAGACGAGCUGCACCCAGCACCCCAGCUUCUCCCACCCAUUUACCAAAUGCAACCACCACUCCCGGACAAAUACAACCUGGGAGCCACAAUCCCAAAAAGUUCAUGAAUGAACUGCGCCACAUCCACAUGCCAUCAUGGGCUGUUGGUGCUCUUUGUAUUGUAAUUCUGUGUGUGGUGUUGUCGUGUGCGGUGUGCGUGUGGAAGAAGUGGUUGAAAAAGAAGGACAAGGACAAAGAAAAGGACAAGAAAAAGGGAAAAGAGAAGAGCAAAGGUGGCUCUGACACUGAAAUGGAUGGAGGUUACAAGAGGUGGCCGUGGAAAGAUGAAGGUAACAAAGAAACGGAGCUGUCGGAUAAUGAGCCCAAGGAAGACGAGAAACUCGGCAGGCUACAUUUCACAUUAGACUUCAACUUCACAGAUAACACGCUGGUAGUAGGCAUUCUACAGGCAGCCGAGCUUCCUGCUAUGGAUGUGGGAGGUAGCUCUGACCCUUAUGUCAAGGUCUACCUGCUCCCAGAUAAAAAGAAAAAGUUUGAAACUAAAGUUCAUAGGAAAACUCUGGAACCAAACUUCAAUGAGACUUUCACAUUUAAGGUGCCCUAUACCGAGCUGGGUGGAAAGACACUGGUGAUGACUGUGUAUGACUUUGACCGGUUCUCAAAACAUGACGCCAUUGGAGCUGUGAAGAUACCAAUGAGUGGUGUGGACUUCAGCCAGUCUCUGCAGGAGUGGAGGGAUCUGCAGAAGGCAGAGAAAGAGGAGAGUGAGCGGCUUGGGGACGUAUGUUUGUCCUUGAGAUACGUGCCUACUGCAGGGAAGCUAACAGUGGUGAUUCUGGAGGCCAAAAACCUGAAGAAAAUGGAUGUAGGUGGAUUAUCAGACCCUUAUGUGAAGAUCCACUUAAUGCAGAAUGGGAAACGACUCAAGAAAAAGAAAACAACGAUAAAGAAGAACACUUUGAACCCUUACUACAAUGAGUCUUUCAGCUUUGAAGUACCAUGUGAACAAAUAGAGAAAGUACAGGUAGCAGUGACUGUGCUGGACUAUGACAAGAUUGGGAAGAACGAUGCCAUUGGGAAGUUACUGUUGGGCAAUAAUAGCACAGGGACUGAGCUACGCCAUUGGUCAGACAUGCUAGCUAACCCCCGGAGGCCGAUAGCCCAGUGGCAUAGCCUCAAACCAGAGGAUGAAGUCAAUGCGCUAAUUUCUAACAAGAAAUAAAGCUCUGUGGCCAACAUGGCAGCACUAGGGAACUGUUCAAUAAAACCCUGAGCCUUUACCUCAACUACUGAUUUAUGUUCCUACCUCUCCUUCAAUUCACCUUUAAGAUUAUUCAGUAUGUAAAUCUACUAAAUCCCCAGUUCAUCUUCACAUAAUCCAAGUCACUACUUGGAGCCUACUGUCUAUAGUAAAUAUCUCUUUCUGCUUCUAUAUAGACUACAGUAGGGUUUUAACCACAGUUGUAUCACUGUAUCACUGCACUAUUAUACAUAGUAGGAUUUUUUGAAAACUUAAUUUUUUUUUCAUCUUUUAAAGCGUCAGACAAAAUGCAUAUCAGCCCUGAUUCAACCAUGAUUUACCUACAGAAGGAGACAAUCCAAAGCAUAAUCAAAUACUGUAAGAUUACUAUAUAAAUACUGUUUUGUCUCUACUGUCUUUACCGAACCCCAAUCCUCAUGUUGUCUUUUGCCAAAUAAAUAACAAGUUCUUAGCAAAACUACUGGUUGUGUAUUAUGCAUUUAAAGUAGCCUUUAUACCAUUUUCUCAUGCACAUCAAUGAGCCUUGAAAGAUGUUUGGUUAUCCAUUUUACUGUGAGGUUUCUCUGCAAUCUGUCGCAUCCAAAGUGACAGAAGAGGCCAU